GACACCAUGCAUUUGCCCUGCAUUUGCCCUCAGUAGGGAGAUAGGAAGGGCCUAGAGGAAGAAGAAUUCAGGGUAAUGGGUAUGGAGAGGAGGGGUUAGGAAGGGGAUCUGAGCAGAAUGAGGAGGGGGGGAAGAGAUUGGCAUAAGUGGAGGUGCAGAGGAGAUUGCUACUUGGAUUCGGCUCUUAGAAGCAGUAUUCAAAAAUAAACUUGAGAGAUUUCCUGAUAAAAUCCAAAGAGUUUGCUUUUCUUGAAGAAUUGGAUGCUGGCCACGUGGGACCUUUAUAGAUUCACUGAAGUAGAGCUGGGUGGAGGCUGCCAGCUUUGGACAGUGCACGAGGCUCCUGUCAGCUGAGGUCCCUGAGAAGUCCACUUCCCCCCCGGCCCCUGGUUGUCCAGGUGGAUGGUGAGAACUCUGCUGGGCAGACGGGGCUCUUCCUCUCGGCACUGCUGGGCCACAGCUCUGCCGUGCAGCUCUUGCUGACCUUUGGCGCCAACCCCAACCACCGCUGCCUCGAUGGCAGCACACCUGUGCACGCAGGCGCCUUCUCGGGCCGCAGCCUGGUGAUGCUGCACCUGCUCCAGGCAGGGGGUGACCUGCGUUUGCAUGACCAGCAGGGUCGCACGCCUCGGGACUGGGCAGAGCAGGGUGGUGCCAAGCAGAGCUGGGAGGGCACCGAGGCCAGAGCACAGCAGAAGACCCUCCCAAAUCCCAGCCUUGGGGUUUGGCCAGCUGAGCAGCCUGUGGCCACUGGGGCUGGUAACAGGCAUACCCCUCGCGGACCCCAAGGAGCUGCUGCCAGCCCAGGGCGAGCCCGACCGCACCUACGAGAGCAGCUCCCACACCCUCAUGGCCAACCUCCUGUGGAGGGGCCACCCCGUGACAGCUCGGCAGCUGAAGGCACCUGGAACUCAGCCAGAUGUGCUGUUGGCUGACCUUCAGCACUGCAGCACCCUGCACCACCCCAACCUGUUGCUGCUGAUGGCACUGAGCCCCUCGGCCGACCUGUCAGGGCUGUGCCUUCUCUUCGAACCCGUGUGGCUGGGCUCCCUGCACGUGGUGCUGCACCCCCGCGGCCUGAGUCCGGGAGGGCCCUGCACCGUGCCAGGCCUGUCGCCCGGCCACCUACUUCUACAAGUGCUGGAGGCCCUGCUGUUCCUGCAGGCCCGCUGGCGCGCUCAUGGCGGCCUUAGCUCUCAUGCAGUGCAGCUAGUACGGCCAGGCCUGGCCAAGGUGGGCAGCCUGGAGCACGGGCGCCCCCUGCACCAACGCUGGCUGCAGCCCAGGCCACAGCAGGGCUGCUCCCGGGGAGGCCCAGGCCCGGGGCUGCCCCCGCCUCCUGAACUGUACCCAUGGCUGCCACUUGAGCUCAUCUGCGGGGACAUGCCUGCUGCCACCUCAGAUCUCUACAGCUUUUGCAUCCUGGCCCAGGAGGUGUUCACCGGAGAGCUGCCCUGGGCUGGGAGAAAGGGGCCUGAGGUGAAGGCUAAAUUGGAGGCAGGUGAGAGCCCGUCCCUGGAUCCCCUGGUGCCGGCCCCCUACCAGGCCCUGGUUCAGGCUGGGCUGGGCCUAGGGCCCGCUGACCGCUGGGGCAGCCUGCAGAACACUCGAUACCUGCUGCGGGAGGCCAUGGCCCAGGACCCAGCUCCUGAGGUGAGCUCCCCGAUGCACUGGAGUGCACGGUGCCCCGUGUCUCAGGGUUUCCUACCAGAGACACUGUACUGUGAGGUGGUUCCCAGAGCCAAGUCUGCACCCAGGCCUGUGCCCCCUUUGAUGUCCCUAGGCCCCUCCCCAUGCCAGGUAGGAGCCAGAGCAGGGAUCUGGGGGACCAAGGGAGCUGCGGGCCACCGGAGGGACAGGGAUGGGGACAGCAGGAGCCAGAGCAGGGAUCUGGGGGACCAAGGGAGCCCAUGCCACCUCCUACCGUUGUGUCUGCAGGCCCUGAAGACUCCCGAGGUCACAGGCUGCAGCAGAGUCCAGAGGGCCCCAGCCUGGGACUCUGGCAGCAGCUUGACUCUAGGCAGCAGACUGACUCCUGGCCCCAGCCUCUACCCAGGCUCCAGCCCCGCAGGCCGGGUCAGCCUGCACCGCUGUCUGGAGCCCAGCUCGACAGAGUCCAGUCCUGAGCUGAUCGGAGGAGGUCUCUUCUCCAGCCUGCAGAAGAUGGACCUGCUGGAGGAGAUCACAGCAGAGCUGCAAGGUGGACAACUCGGAGACAAGCCCAGCAUCGACCCAGCUCCUGACACCGUUUCUUAGAGUACCCGUGACUGCCUCUCUGCAGACACCGCCCCUCAGAGCCUCCCAGGAGUGACUUCCCACGCAGCACUUGCUG